AAUAAUUCGCAAUUUACGGAAAAAUCGAUGUAAGACAACGAAACAGUUAGACAAUUUCUGUACAGUUAGCUAGAACGCAUCAUACGUGACGUACACCAUAUAGGUAGUAGCAAUGCCCGAUGGGAUCCAUCCGGUUUAGUAUCGCAGCACAAAGUGAACUAGACUAGAGAGCGAAACAUGAACGGCUCAUCCCGCAGCAAAUUCGGCUCCUUAAUCGGAGUACUAUACGUAGGACACUCGAGCUGCAAGUUUCUGAUUUAUGCAGCGAAAAAUGCCGAAGUGUUAACCUGCCAUGAAGAGCCACUGGAAUUAAUCUCCCCGCAGUCCGGCUGGAUCGAAUUCGAUCCAGUGCAGAUUUGGCAGUCUGCCAAACUUUGCGCCGAACGGGCUGUUCAGAACCUGCUGCUGUUGGAUAUCGAUCCGAGCGAUAUCGUUGCGGUGGGGGUAUGCAACCAGCGCGAGACCAGCAUCCUGUGGCGCAAGAGGGAUGGGCAACCGUUAUGUAAUGCGAUCGGCUGGUGCGACACACGCACUUCGGCGGUCGUGGCUGGCCUGCUGGCUCGCGUGAAAGGGAAGGUUAACUUUCUUAAAGAGGUCUGCGGGCUACCGUUGGCUAAUUGUUUUAGUGCAGUGAAAAUUCGUUGGAUGUUGGACAAUGCGGAAGAAUUGGCAAAGGCGGAGGAUUUGAUGUUUGGAACGCUAGAUAGUUGGGUAAUUUGGAACUUGACGGGUGGAUCCAACGGCGGUAUUCACGUUUCGGACGUAACGAAUGCUUCCCGAACGAUGCUGAUGAAUUUGGAAACCCUUCAGUGGGAUGAGAGAUUGUGCCAUUUCUUUAGGAUUCCUCAAAACAUUUUACCGGAGAUUAGAAGCUGUUCGGAGAUUUUUGGUUACAUCAGUGAGGGGUCUCUGAGUGGCAUUCCGAUCGCAAGUUGCAUUGGGGAUCAACAGGCCGCUCUGCUAGGUCAGCUUUGUCUUAAUGCGGGGCAAAUGACCUGCAAUCUAGACGAUGGUGCGUUUCUUUUGUUCAACACUGCUCAGGAGAUAAUUGAUUCCAAUAAUGGUCUUUUAUCGACGGUUGCCUUCAAGCUCGGUUCGACGGCACCCACUUUCUACGCACUGGAAGGCGCCAUUCCACAUGCAGGCGAUUCUGUAGCAUGGCUGCGAAAGAACCUCCAGCUUUCGAACCAAAAUGGUUCACUCGCACAAAGUUUUCUCGCGGAUUCAGCAAGUCCUUCGGCCCUUAUUUCGUCGUUCUGUUCAGGCCAUUCGUUUGCUGCCUACGCAGGGGAUAAGAAAAGUCCUAACCACGGAGUGAUUCUGGUACCGGCAUUUAGUGGCUAUUACGCUCCAUAUUGGCGGUACAAAGCUCGAGGAAUGCUUUUCGGACUUACGCUACAAACCACAGCCCAGCAGAUUCUGUUUUCCGCGUACGAAGCUGUUUGUUUUCAGUUGCGUGAAAUUCUUGAAUCCCUGUCGAAGGACUGUUGGACGUGGCCUACGGUGAAGCGAAUCGUAGCCGGCGGAGAGCUGAGCGAAAAGCCAUUUCUCAUGCAAAUGCUGGCCGAUCUCAGCGGGGUUAGUGUCGAGCGACCGCAAACGUCUACACCGGUCUGUCUGGGGGCGAUGUUGGCCGCCGGGCUUGCUAGUGGGAUACUGACGUUGGAAGAUUUCCAAGCCACGUGCAUACCUCCGGUUGACCACUAUGCGCCUACGCUUAACUCUAGUCGACGCGACGCAAAAUUUCGCAAAUGGAAAAUAGCCGUUGACCGAUGUCUCAACUUUGAUUCCGUUUCGGAGUCGGAUUUGACUGAAUUUAACAUGGAUGAGCACGAUCCAGAAUACUCGGUACGUUGUUCCAUACCCGGUGCCGUAUAUUUAAUUUCCUCGUUCGCUCUCGUAGUGCUUGCCCAAAUUCUCCAGCAGAAUGGCAAUUCUUAGUCGGACCGCUACCGGAACGUGUCAGUGUCAGUGAUUUACAUUUUAAGCAUGGUUCAAUUUAUUGCUGUUGUUUGUAGAGGAUAUUUCUCGCUUAUUUUUGACUUCAAACGAAUGCGCUUUAGUGAAUCGUUUUUAAUUAAGCUUUCCAGCGAUCGAUGCAUCAUUGAUAG